AUGGCUUUGAGUUCUACAUAUCAACACAAACUGGCUGAAAAGCUCAUGAUACUAAAUGACAGGGGAAAAGGAGUAUUGAUCCGAAUCUAUAACAUCAAAAAGACAUGCUCAGAUGCCAAAACAAAACCCCCCUUCUUCACAGACAAGUCAAUGGAGUCAUCUCUGAAAUACAUCAACAAGAAGUUUCCAAAUAUCGAUGUCCGCAGCAGUACGCAACAUCUGGGUCCAGUGCACAAAGAUAAAGUGGAGAUUGUGAAAUAUCUGACUGGCUAUUACCUGACCUUUGUGGAUGUCAUGGAAUUCAGAGAUCAUGUCUAUGAAUUGCUGAAUACUAUUGAUGCCUGCCAGUGUUACUUUGACAUUAAUAUAAAUUACAACUUCACGAAGAGCUACCUGGACCUAAUAGUGACAUACUUCUCUGUCAUCAUGCUGAUCUCAAGGAUUGAUGAUCGAAAGUUACUUGUUGCUCUUUACAACUGCGCCUCUGAGAUGCUGCAGGGUCAGAGUGAACCUUCAUAUGCACGGCUGGGACAAAUGUUACUGGAGUAUGACAACCCACUAAAAAAGCUAAGUGAAGAAUUUGGACCUCAUACUAAGAGUGUGACAGAUGCUUUGAAGUCCAUGCACUUUCUCUUCUGUCGGAAAUCACAAUCCGCAGAUCAAUGGAGAGGCAGCCAGCUCUUAAGUUUCCUUAGCAAUCCCGCCGCUAUGAUUUCUCCCUCCACCUCAGAUACG